CGUAUGAAAAUGAAAACCUUUCACUGAAAAGAGAAAAAUUCGAAGUCUUGUCUAACAAUGGCGACGACGGAGGUAACGACCGCCGUCUCCGAUGAGGAACCAUUACCACCGUCUCCAGAAUUAGACGAAUCUAGUGAUUUCCUCGACAACGAUAGAUUACAAGAAACAUUUUGCAGUGGAGAACUUGAUUUUGAUGAAUGGCUUUUGUUAAUCUCCGAAAUAGAGACUUCGUUCCCUGAUAAUGUUGAGAAGCUAUGUUUAGUUUACGAUGCUUUCUUGUUGGAGUUUCCAUUGUGCCAUGGUUAUUGGAGGAAAUAUGCUUACCAUAAGAUAAAGUUAUGCUCUUUAGAAGAUGCUGUUGAAGUUUUCGAACGAGCUGUAAAGUCAGCUACUUAUUGUGUACCUGUAUGGCUCGACUAUUGCGCGUUCGGUGUUGCUGCGUAUGAAGAUCCUCAUGAUGUUUGUAGAUUAUUUGAGAGGGGACUUUCAUUUGUUGGAAAAGAUUAUUCUUGCUACACUCUUUGGGACAAAUAUGUAGAAUAUCUUUUGGACCAAAAGCAAUGGAGUUCACUGGCUCAUGUAUAUCUCCGGACCCUGAAAUAUCCGUCCAAGAAGUUGGAUCUCUAUUACAAAAACUUCAGGAAGAUUGCGGCUUCUUUGAAAGAGACGAUUAAUUGUGGAAUUGAUGUUAAAGGAGACCUUUCCUCAGACCCCAUGGAAGAAGAUUUGGUCCCUACAUGUCACACUGAUGAGGAGAUCUCUAUUGUUGUAAGAGACUUUAUGGGCCCUUCCUCUAGCUCAGUUUUGUCAAACGCACUGCAAAAAUAUUUGUCAAUUGGGGAACAAUUCUAUCAAGAUUCAUGGCAGUUGAUGGAGAAAAUAAGCUACUUUGAGACACAUAUCUGCAGGCCUUAUUUUCAUAUAAAUCCAUUGGACACUAAUCAGCUGGACAAUUGGCAUGCAUAUUUGAGCUUCGCCGAAUCAUAUGGAGACUUUGACUGGGCUAUUAAGCUUUAUGAGAGAUGCUUAAUACCAUGCGCUAGUUACACAGAGUUCUGGUUCCGCUAUGUGGAUUUUGUAGAAAACAAAGGUGGAAGGGAGCUAGCAAACUUUGCAUUGGCUCGAGCUUCACAGACUUUUGUCAAGAAUGCAUCUGUUAUCCAUCUAUUCAAUGCAAGAUUUAAGGAACAUGUUGGAGAUGCAUCUGCUGCUUCAGUGGCUCUUUCACAAUGUGGUGUGGAACUGGGUUUCGGUUUUGUUGAAAAUGUAACUAAGAAGGCUAACAUGGAAAAGCGCCUGGGUAAUUUUGAAGCUGCUGUUACUACGUACAAAGAAGCUCUGAAGAAAACACUCAUUGAAAAAGAAAAUUUGGAAACAACCGCACUGCUGUAUGUUCAAUUUUCUCGCCUUAAGUACAUGAUUACAAAUAGUGCUGAAGAUGCAGCUCAGAUUCUGAUAGAAGGCAAUGAGAAAGUUCCCCACUGCAAAUUACUUCUUGAGGAACUUAUAAGACUCUUAAUGAUGUAUGGAGGGUCUCGACAAGUGGAUUUGCUAGAUCCUAUCAUAGAUAAAGAAAUAUCUCACCAGGCAGAUUCUUCUGAUUGUCUGAGCGCAGAGGACAAAGAGGAGAUAUCAAAUUUAUACAUGGAGUUUAUUGAUCUCUCUGGAACCAUCCAUGAUGUGCGGAAGGCUUUGGGUCGACACAUAAAAUUAUUCCCACAUUCUGCUAGAGCGAAGAUACAUGUGCCCCGUCCUUUAGGAAGAUCAUUUAGAGAGUUGAUUCAGAGAAGAGAGAAGACUCUUGAGUGCUUGAAUCAGGACCUAUUGACAAACAAAGACAUUAGCUGCACAGUCGAUCCGCCACCAAAAGAAAAGAAAGAAUCAUCUCUAGACUGUGAUAGUCCCCAAUCUAAAGGUGACUAUGUAAACACUGAGCCUAAUCGGGAUUGCCUGGUUUCAGGACAUCUUGUUGAAGGAAACGAUAAUGUUGCUGCAGGGGAGAAUUUGUGUGAGUUACAGAGUGAUCUGUCCAAGGGAUUAAAAGCCGAUGAAGGUCGCGAACGCUCUCGUGAAGUUAGCCUACCUAUUCAAGCCACACCAAAACAUGGUUUUGUCACUAAUCAAGAUCACUUCUCUUCCAGUUCAGUAGAUAAUGUGAAAUCAGAUGCUAUAGUGAUCCAACCUAGUGGCUCACGGAGUCCCCAAAGUUACCAAAGUCACCAAAGUCAAGAGUCUCUCAGGCUAACUGGUCGGAACAGGUACCACCGAAGAGAUAUAAAUCAGCCUCAGAGAGAAUCAAAACCUCGUUCUCAAGAGAGACCUCCUCAGAUGCCGUAUUCUACAGUCAGAACUGGUCGUGAAAUUCUAGGUCAGCACAUGGGUGUUGCUCCUCGAGACAAUCAAGCCGCGCUACAAAGCUCAAUCUCACAGAAUCCGCAAAACCAAUUACAGAACUAUCAACUUCAGAUGCAUCCUGUGGUUCAAACAUCCAAUGCUUAUCCUCAAACUCAGAUACUUGGUCAGCAGCACAUGAUUGUAUCCCCUCCAGAUUCACAGAAUCCGCAGAACCAAUAUCAAAACUCUACACCUCAGGUUCAAACCUCCUAUGCUUAUCCUCAAACUCAGAUUCCUCAGAAUCCAGUGCAAAGUAACUACCAACAAGGUCAGAUGCAGAGUCAUGAAGCUUAUAACCAGAUGUGGCAACAGUAUUAUUAUAAUUAUUAUUACUACCAUCAACAACAACAGCAACAGCAACAGCUUAUGUCUGGACAGCCACAACCAAAUCAGAACCCUCAGCCACAACUUGAUCAGAAUCUUCUGCAACUUCUCUCCAAACAGUAUCAAUCUCAAGCCAAAACUCAAUAUCCACAAUCUCAACAGGUGGAACAGCUCAAUACACAGGAACAGAGCCAAGAACCAGAAAAUCAGCAGCAAAUUCAGUUCCAGCAGCAACAACAACAACAACAACAAGAGUGGUACCAACAGCAACAACAAUAUGCUUUGUAUCUUCAUCAACAGCAGUUGCAAGGAGAAGUAAAAGGCGAGGAACAACAACCCUCUAUACCACAGCAACAGGUCUCCACAACAAACAGUGAUGUUCAAAAGAGUCAAGAAUCUGGAGCAGUCGAUGAAGCAUAUCUAUCUGACACUUCCAUCAGUUCUAUAUGAAUCUUACGAAAGCUGAUGAACACGUAACUGAUUGUGUUAUUUAAAUACCCAAACAAAACUAAAAAAAGUGUUCGAAAAACUUCAGUUUUAAUUGUUAACGAACAAGCCUUACCAAACAUUUCAAUUCGAUUUUGGUUUAA